CAACGGUCAAAGACCUUUUCUCCUGUGAAAGUGACGAUGGCCGACGCACUAUUGGCGGUCGAAGCGUUGAGCCAAUCGGCGAAUCGAGCUCCGCCGCGCACUGAGCACGUUCUUUACUCGGUGGUAGAGCAGACGUGGCUUUCAGUCCAGCAGGUUGCUCGGCUGAGUGUUGAGGAGAAGGAGAGAAAGAUGCUGCUGCCUGGAACAUUUUGUGUUCGAAAAGGACGUCGAGCAUGUAAAUGCAAAAGAUGUGGGAAGCAGAUCCCAAAGCAUUGUAUUCAGAUUGGAUAUCCCUCUAUUGGCAGAAAUGGUAUGACUGCUACUGCAGUCUGGCUCCAUGUAGAUUGUGCUGCCCAAGACCUCAAGCUGGUUGAGAUCGCACAUGAAGGAAAGCGUGCGAUGAAAGACGCGCUGCUUGGUUUCACGGCUUUGCAAAAAGAAGAGCAGAAACAAUUGAUCGAAACGAUCUGUGUGCCGAAGACAACAGAGCAACCACAGCUUCCUGAUAGCCAAGGUUCCCAGCAUGUGGAGUUUGAAGCUCAUCCAACUCCAUCGGGUUUACUUGGUGAGUUGACAAAUGUUCAGGCGCAGGGCUUGACAUGGCUUUUGCAGCGUGAAAGAUGCGAGGACGUUCGAGGAGGGAUUCUGGCGGAUGAAAUGGGUAUGGGAAAGACUGUGGAAAUGAUUUCGCUCCUGCUGGCAAGCCCAGUGACGUUGUCUUUGGUGGUGGUUCCUCCCACAUGCUUGCCCCAAUGGUGUCAGGAAUUGAGAGAGUGGACCAAGCCAGGAGCGAUCGAAGUUUUGACAUACGCUGGUGCGAAAAGGACAUUGCCAGAAGAUUUGGGCCAGAAACGCGGAACAACUGUGGUGCUAACUACAUACGCGACCCUUGAGAGAGAGUUUCGGAGACUGGUCUGCCAAGCAGAGGAGCAGCCAAAUCACAAGCGCCGAAGGCAGUUGAGCGUCGAAGACGAUGAGAUGAGGGAUGGUGAGCAGCUUGAGGAAGCAUCUCAGGUUGACUUGUGGGACGAGCAGUUGGGCCUUGAUUUCGCUCAGUCCACUUUAUUCAAAACAAAGUGGACUAGAAUCAUCCUCGACGAGGCCCAUCGCAUCAAGAACACUCAUGGAGGCACGUCGCAAGCUGCGGUGAAUUUGCGAGGCAAGCGGAGAUGGUGCAUUUCUGGCACGCCUGUGCAAAAUAGAAUUGGAGACAUAUACGGGCUGCUUCGCUUCCUGAGGAUGCGCCCAUAUGGCUUUUAUCGGUGCAACAGGAGAGGGUGUGAUUGCGAGUGCUUCUGGGUUCGGUGCUGGGAGGGCACACUCAUGUGUCAAGCCUGCGGACAUCGUCGAUCCCAACACCGCAGCAUCUUUGCCAGUGACAUCUCGGCGCCGAUUCGUCAGUUUGGCUUUCUGGAUAGUGGCAAGACAGCGUUGGAGAGACUGCGCUUUGAGGUCUUUCAGAAACUCAUGCUGCGACGAACAAAAGCCUUGCUUGACCUUCCGGAGUUGCACAUCAGCAUUAGGAAGAUCUCCCUCAGUCCUAGGGAAUCUCGGCGCUACAAAGCGAUGAAAGAGCAACAUCAAGGUGUACUGGAGGCUUUUAUCGCAGAAGGAACAUUGAUGAAGAAUUUUGGCCAUGUUUUCAGCAUCAUCAUGAGGCAGAGGCAAGCAGCCAACCACCCGGAUUUGCCAAAAUAUUCGGUCGAUUCAACAUGUCCUUUCUGCCAGCUUGAAGUCGAGGAAGAGCCUGUAAAACUCCACUGCGGGCGACAUGAAUGCCACGAGGUUUGCUGUCUCGAGGUGAUGAGAGAAUGUGGUGAAGACGAGAUAACUUGCCCAAGUUGCGAGCACGAACAGCGAGCUUUGCAAGGCCCGAACUUGCCCGAGGCUUUAAUGGCUGCUGGUCGCCCAGUGCGCGCAUCAAGCAAGAUCAAUACUCUGAUCGCAGAAAUCUCAGAACUUGAGGCGCCAAAGUGCUUGGUUUUCUCUAGCUUUGCUCACUUUCUUGAGCUCAUUGAGUACCACUUGAAGGAGCGCAAUGUUACUUGCUCUCGUAUUUCUGGCAAGACCAAGAUGCAGGAACGUUCUGACAUCAUCAAGCAGUUCAAUACGGAACGGGAGCCAAGCGUCCUCUGUGUUUCACUGCAAGUAGGCGGCGAGGGGUUGAACUUGCAGGCUGCAAAUCAAGUGUUCCUCAUGGAUCCCUGGUGGAACCCCGCAGCGGAGCAGCAGGCGAUGCAACGGUGUCAUCGUUCCUUGCGCGUGUAAUUCGACCGUUUAUGACCUUUGUCCCCCUUUGGCCUUUUUGGUUUUCUCUCUGGUUUCCAAACAAAAACAAACGGUUUACGUGAACGAAACAAUUUUAUAUACCCCUAGCGAUAGUUCAUCCAGGGGUUCGCUCCAUCUUCUGCUGCUAUCCAGGACUCGGACAGUCGCGACCCGUAUACGUGCACCGCUUUGUUUCGGAAAACACCAUUGAAGAGCGGAUCCUUCUUCUGCAGGAGAGGAAACAACUCACCGUUGAUAGCACCAUCGGCGGCAGCAACAGCGCCUUAUUGAAACUGACAAGUUCAGAUGUGCAACUCCUGUUUCGAGACUGAUCCAUUGAACCCUGCCAAGGGCAACUUCACGGAUGAGAUUGGAGCCUCAGAUUUGAGUAGUGUUUUUGACAGUUUCAGUGUUUUUAAUGUCGAUGUCAUGAACAUAUAUAUAUAUAUAUAUAUUGGGUUUUUCCUUUGCAAAGUUCAAAACACAAUUUCAAUGGGCAACGGGGGCAAUUUUUGUAGGGGAAGAGUUGAGCGGAGUGGAGAUGCGGAUGCGCAGAGCAGGACACCCUGAAUCUAAGUGUAGUGUACCUUCCUCGGAAUUGUCAGUGCAGGGCUACACGGGAAAUUCAGCAGUUGCCCAGUUUGCCAGUGCUCCUGUGAAGGCAGCUACAAGAGCAGGAGCAUUCUGCAGAGCCGCACGGCCUUUAUUAUUGACAUCCUUGCCAGGAGCGGCCGUCGCUCUUCGCUACUUCGACUCCUUGGCUUAGGCGGCACCAAGGAGUGCUGUGACGAGCUCUGCGCAUCUGAAGUGAAGCACCCUGGAGGGUGCCACUCCGGAGGUGGAAAAGAAGAAGGAAGGAGAAGGAUGGGCGAAUUGCCAUGCUUGUCAUCCUAGAAGCCUUCGCAGAGCCACGCACGCCUUUGGGAGCGUGCUGGAAUUGCUGGCUUCCAAGAUCAUUGACUUUUGCGUGUGCCUUCCAAGAGAGUGGUCCUUGGUUAGAUAGAUGCCUAUGCAAAGGAGCCUGGCGGGGCUGCAGUGACUAGGGCCGAAAAGAUGCUGCUGCGGCAUUUCGUUGAUAAUUUGAUACAAGCUAUGAUAUCAGUACAAACUCGAACAUCCUUGUGCACUUCAAUUUGAAGGGCCAACACAAGUUCAAUUCAAGAUGCCUGAGGGCAUAAGCCAGGUGGAACUAGCUACCAACGUCCCUCCAUACUGUACCACCCCAAAAUCAUUCAUUUGGCAGCAUCCACCACGAAAUGCUUGCGCUAAGUGUGUG